AUGGCAACCUCUUCCAUCAAUGAGAAUUUGGAUAUCCACUCCUGGCCACCCGGCACAGUCCAGAUCGAGACACUCCGCGGUGCCAAAGAUGGCAAGAUCAUUCUUCAUCCCACACCUAGUGCGGAUCCAAACGACCCCCUUAACUGGUCGAAGUUGCGCAAAUCCAUCAACUUCGGCCUCACAUGCUAUUACGCGCUGAUGGUUUUCGUUCUGGUCGAUAUUGCCACCGUCAUCUACGGCCCGUUGAUGGUCGAAUUCAGGUUCGACAUCGAGGUCCUUAAUGAUGGAUUUGGCGCCAACACUGCCGGCCUGGCGGUUGGUUGCGUUUUGUUCAUCCCCUUUGCUCUCAAGUUUGGACGACGACCCGUCUACUUGGUCAGCUUCGCCUUGUCAAUUGCCACGGCCAUCUGGCAAGCCAAGCUGCGAAAUGCGGGCGACGUAUACGGGGCAAACGCCGUGUCUGGCCUAGGGGGAAGUAUCGCCGAAACAAUCUGUCAAAUGACAAUCUCGGAUCUAUUCUACGUGCAUCAACGCGCCACGGCAAAUGGCAUCUAUCUUGGGACCGUCACCACGGGGGCCUUCCUCGGACCUGUGGCUGCCGGGUACAUUGCUGAUUCACAGGGAUGGAGGUGGAUCUGGUGGUGGACUGCUAUCUUGUUAGGAGUUGGGUUUGUUGCUUUCGUAUUCUCGUACGAAGAGACGAAGUAUAUACCUCUGAUCGAUCUACACCCCCAGUCUGGCGUUUCCACUGGUGCUGGUGCUGCCGACGAGUUGACUCCACCUCCAGCACAUGCGAAAGAAGCGUGUGAAGGCGACAAAGACCUUGAAUCAGGCGUCAGAGACUACGCCACCGAAGCCCUCACCGUGGUCACGACCAGAACCGUCAGAAUGGAUAUUCAGCCCAAGCCGUACUGCCAACGACUCGGUCUCCUCACCGUCACGCCUGGAGGGUUCAACGACUUCAUUCGACAUGCGUGGCAGCCAUUUGUGAUCCUAUUCACCACCCCGGCUGUCGCGUACACGGCGUUGAUAUACGGCUCGUUGCUCGCCUGGUUUACCGUCCUUCUGUCGGUGUUUUCAAUCUAUUUGACGUAUCCGCCUUACAACUUCUCCGCCUCCGCGGUCGGGCUUAUGAAUCUGGCACCUUUCAUCGGCAGUUUCCUGGGUAGUGCCUACGGAGGGCCACUGUCUGAUUUCCACAUCCUUCGCCUAUCGCAAAAGAACAAGGGAAUCUAUGAGCCUGAGAUGCGGUUCUGGCUCGCCUUGCCCUGGACUGUGGUCACUCCGUUGUCGUUGCUCAUGUUCGGUCUCUGCCUCGCCCAUGGUCUACACUGGAUUUCUCUGGCCAUUGCGCUGGUCAUUUUCGGCACAGGUCUUAAUGUCUUUAGCGACGUUGCGCUCACCUACCUUAUCGAUUCCUACAGAGAUAUUGUCGGAGACUCUCUUGUCGCCGUAACAUUUGUACGAAACGCCCUUGCCACAGCAGUCGCCAUGUCACUGUCCAAUUGGAUCGAAGGCACUGGUCUUUCCGUGGUAUUCAUCACCUGUGCUGUCGUGUCCGCGGUCAUUUUCCUGACGACCAUCCCUAUGAUGGUUUGGGGCAAGGGUUUCCGAGUGCGAACGGCCAGGAGGUAUGCGAGUAUGGCGCGGAAGCAGUUCAACGCCAAUCGGUAA